GCGUUGCUACUAAGAAUGUAUUGAAUUUAUUAGGUACUCCACUAUAAAGACAUUCCAUGAUCUUCCCACUAUUCCAUUAGGUCUCUCUUUGAACCAAACUCUCUAAUUUCUCUCUUCAUUUCACACCCUUUGAUUUCACAUGUUACCAUGAAGGUCACAAAGCAAAAUGGCAGGCAAUUCAUCCUCACCUCUUUCUUCUUCAUUUUUUUCCUCUGCAUCUUAGCUUCAAUCAACCAAAUCCGAUUCGGUAGUUGGCUAAAGUUUGGUAGAUGUAAAUCACCAUUCCAUUCCCACAACUCAUCUUCACCCAAUUUUCUCAGAGAAAACUCAUCGUCUAACGACAUCCGAAUCCUCCUCGGAAUUCUAACCCUUCCUGACCAAUACCAUCGUCGCCACUUUCUCCGCCUCAUCUACGGCACACAAUCUCCAGUGGGUGCGAAAGUUGACGUGAAGUUCGUUUUUUGCAACCUAACCAAAGAAGAUCAGAAAGUGUUGGUUUCGCUAGAAAUAAUGCGCUAUAACGACAUUAUGAUACUCAAUUGCAAAGAGAACAUGAAUAAAGGUAAGACUUACACUUACUUUUCAAGCUUGCCAGAGAUGCUGAAUGAGGAAAACAAGCCAUACCCGCCUUACCAUUACGUGUUGAAAUCCGACGACGACACGUAUUUUAGGUUGGCAAACCUGGUGGAGUCAUUGAGGGUGCUGCCGAGAGAAGACUUGUACUAUGGUUAUGUGAUUCCAUGCCCUAGCAUGGACCCUUUUAAUCAAUACAUGUCUGGAAUGGGAUUUUUGGUUUCUUGGGACAUAGUCGAGUGGAUUCGGGUUUCGGACAUUCCCAAAACUCACUUGGAAGGCCCUGAAGACAGGGUUUUCGGGGAGUGGCUUCGAGAUGGCCAUCGGGCGAAGAACCGGUUCAAUGCAAAGUGGUCAAUGUAUAAUUACCCGGAGCCGGCCACGAGGUGCACGCACGAGCUCUGGCCAGAGACAGUGGCGGUUCACCUUUUGAAGACUCAGGAGAAGUGGAUUCGUACCUUGAGUUACUUCAAUGUCACGAAGGAUUUGAAGCCUUCUAAACUGUAUCAUAUACCUUAGCUACUACCUUGACCUUGUGUUCAUUCUUUUUUACGAUACAGACGCCUUCUAAACUUUAUCUAUUUAUUUGCACGUUUUUCACUCCGCUCCGGAGCAUUUCUGAAGCCAAAUUAUGCAAGCUGAUUUUUCGCGAUUUCAUCUUCGCGUUGUUGGCAACUAGAGUAGCACCAAUCAAAAACUUAUUGGCAAGUCAAGUGCCAGCCCAAUAGAGCAAUUCUUGUGGGGAAAAAAUUACAAUAUGAGUGGAUAAUCCAGAGUACAGAUUCCAUUACAAACUAUAAACUGGAAUUCAGAUUGUAUACAGAUUAUAGAUUACAGAAAUCAAAUGUAAUGAAAUCCA